AUGUCGGCUUCGCACGGACAGAAGGUUACCACCGACCCCGCGUCUAAGAUCCCCGUCCACGAGGGUGUCGGCACCGUCACAUCAGACUCUCUAGCAGGCGAGUCUCUGAAGGGCGACGGUUCAUUCGGCGAGGGCAACCCCAAGGCCGCAGCAAGCAAGCAGCCAUCAGCAUCAACCACCACAAACACCCACGACACAUCAAACGCCACCAAGCUAGACGCCGCCGUCAAUGCCGAGGCACGCGACGCGCAACAAGGAUGGAACGAGGAGAAGAUCAUGAACUCAGGCAAAGGUCUGGGUAAGGAGGCCGGUGUUGGUCCUACAUACGCAGUUGCUGGUGGAGGUGCUUCAUCAGGAGGCGCUGCCAGCGCUGGCACAGCACCUACAGGUGUUGCUGCUGGAAAGAACAUUGACCCCAGUGUUCUCCAGCCCAAGGGUGCCAACUUGAAAGAAGACCCCAACAUGAGCGGUAACACCAAGUUUGGCGAGAUCGGUACAAAGGAUGACCCUUCUAGGCAAGCGGAGCUUAAGUUGGCGAAGGCGGCUGCGGCGAGUGCUGCGGUGGAGAACAGGGACCUGGCUCAAGGCGGCGACUCCAAGUUCAGCAACUUGGGUGAUACCAACGCCUAG